ACAUGAGAUUGGCAGGUUUCGAAAGGAUAUUAUAGGUCAUCUUCUAGGAAAAAGGGCUAAUUUCUUCUUUCUCCUUUGGUUAUAUGUGAUAAACUACUACUCAUUGUAACCGCCAUGGCAAAGCUUCUUUUGCAAGCAUUCGUUUCAGCUUCUUUGGUAUUUAUUUCCUUUUCGUUUGUGAUUAAUACCAGAGAUCAUGAGUGGAAUUACUUUGUGUACAGUCAAUGGUGGCCUCAGAGUCAGUGCUACUAUAAAGACUUAUCAAAUGAAGAUCCUUGGAGGAUUAACAGUAUGAAAUUCACCAACAGUUGUGUCCCUGAGGGAGUAAAUACGUGGACCAUCCAUGGUCUGUGGCCCACAAUCAAUGGAACACCAGAUCCUGCAUAUUGUAACAAAUCAUUGCCAUUUGACAAAAACCAGAUUGAGAGUCUGAGAUCAAAGAUGAUGACUCAUUGGUUAUCUUUUCCUGACACAAGUGAAUCCAAUGCAGCACAACUCUGGUCUCACGAAUGGGAGAAACACGGGACAUGCGCAGUGACACUGCCUUCUCUCAAUUCAGAGUACAAGUAUUUUUUCAAAGCACUGGAAUUGAAUCUUCAGUAUAAUCUGCUCAAGGGCUUGACGAGUUCUAACAUUGUACCAAGUGAUACCGAACGAUAUGAUGUGGAAGACGUGGAGAAUGCCAUCAGGAAAUCAUAUGACGCAAAAGGACGUGUUAUUUGCUUAACUGGGCCUGAUGGUUUGUCAUAUCUUGCUGGUAUUCGUAUUUGUCUUGACAAGGACUUUAAUACAAUCGACUGCAUUGUGACGGAGCCAGAAAAGUGCCRUGGGGACACCGUAGUGUAUCCGACAAUUUUGCACUAGGCGUAGUCCCCGCAUGCCGCAAAAUUCAACAUUUAAAGUAUCUUCUUUUAUAUCUUUAAAUUUCAAUUCCAUGCAAUCUGAUUUAUCGCUUUUUUGCUUUUCGUAUAAAGGACGCAUCGAUCCUAUAGACUCCUCCACAGACAUCUCUCUUACUCUGGGAGAGGAAGUCUGGGAACUAAUAUAAGCCUACCCGAUCGUAGAUAAAAUAAAGAUAGCUAUAAAGCUGGCUUUGGAGGAAGCUGAUGGAGGAUGCCUGAUCAGUUGCUUUUCCAUUUCAUUUUAUGUUCCUAUUGUUUGAUAUACAAAAUUGUACGAGAAAAAGUGAUCGAUUAACGCUAAAAGGAAAGUACUAAAUGAUAAAUUUUGCUACAAUAUUUUCAUAAAAUUUUGAUAAAAUUUGCAUUAUUAAAGUAUUCAGCAAUGAAA